GAGGGAACUAUCUUGGAUAGUCUGAUAACGCUAAACUUUAGCUACAUAAGGUUCACAUGUAGAUCUGCGCGCUUCGGAGCCACAGAUUUUAUCCUUGGGACAUGUCAGAAUUAGCAGCUGUGCCAUAUUUAGUGUGUCGUUGGAAUUAAGAAUAAACAACUUGUACUCCAGCAUUUUAGAUUCAUUCAGCGACAACAUAUACUAAUGCUGCUGGAGAAGCGCUGUCUUUAAAGACAUGCCUGUUACUGAUCUAAUAACUUCUGCCACGUUGUUGACCUGCAUGCAACUGAUAAAGGUAGUUGUUAGUUUACUCCAGGUUGGACUUUGAACGAGUUCUGUAUAGUUAGUUAUUAAAGAGAGAUAUGGCGCACCUCUACCCAGAGAAUUUAUUCCAGUAGGAAGUGGAAGUGGAAGUUUUAUUUAGGCUCUUUGACCUGAAUGAUUGGUUUGUUGGAUUCAGUCACGACAUAAGGACAAUACCUUUAUCCGCAAAGAGUCUGUAGAAAGAUGGCUUCAGGUACCUUGGGCAGACACCUGGUGGCAUGUCUCCUCAACGUUUCCGAAGCUCGCAGGAAAGACCUGGUGGAGACUGUGGCCAAGGCAGCUUUGUACAACACAGAAGCAGGUGUUAAACAGGAGGGGACCACAGUGCUGAACAUCUUCAAUGAUCACGGCUACAACCGCUCUGUCAUCACUAUCGUGUCCAGUAUCCACUUCAUCAGGGAGGCUGUUCUGUCUGCAUGUGACAAGGCGUGUGAGCUGAUCGACAUGCGAGCCCACGCAGGGGUCCACCCAUGCAUGGGUGCUGUUGAUCUCAUACCCAUCUACCCCCUGGGGGAAGAGGUGGGAGUCCAGGACUGUGCUGAAGAGGCUCGAGCUGUGGCUCAGGGACUUACAGAGAGGGUCCAGGGCACCAGUGCUUUCCUCUUUGGCUGGGCAGACUCCCCUCUGCAGCGUGGACUGGCGCACAGGAGGAAGGAGAUGGGUUGGUUCAAGAAGACACCAGACCUGCAGGCUAUCAGACCCGACGUGGGGCCACAACCACAGAGACGAUAUGGCCUUACAGGUGUUGGGGCCAGUCCAUACGUCAUGAACUGCAACGUCACUAUUGACACCCAGGACAUCACCUUAGGACGCAGCAUUGCCACAGCAAUCAGAGAGUCCACUCCCGGGGGCCUUCCUGGAGUUCAGGUGUUGGCGUUGCCACAUGAGGGGGCUGUUGAAAUUGCAUGCAAUGUGGAGAGCUUGAAAGGGGACCCACCCGGUUACCUGGCAGGUGAACCUUGGCCAUCUUUCAGCAUUGACAGUCAGUCCUACUGUCAUGCUCCAGCUUCCCUCAUCACAGCCAGGGUUGCAGAGCUGGCAGAGGCGCAGGGGGUGGGCAUGAAGGGCACAGCUCUCGUGGGGUUUGCCCCCCAUGAGUGCAGGGGCUUAGCAGAGUUUGCACUGUCUCAAGGGAUUGGUGAGUUCUGGAAAGAGCAACAUAGAAUCCGUAUGUGAGCAUGAAUCCUCACCAAAACAAAUAGAAGUGAAAAUCUUAGAUUGACGCCACUUUAAUGAUCUUAUAAAAUGAAUAUUUUUUUUAUGCUCUGUCACAAAAAAAGGGCAAUGACGGAGGAUUCAUACUGCAGCAUGGGUGACAAGUCUCUUAAAAAACUGAUAUUUUCCUUGCUUUCCAAACAUAAGACAAGGAUAGGUUAUGAACACAGAGCUGUUACAGCCCACUCAGCGGUGCCAGACUGCAGUAGUAACUCACUAAGUGUGCCAUAACUAACAUUUUCCCACAAUAUUUGUUUUUUUACAUGAAGCUUUUCUUUAGCUAAAGGAUGAAAACUGUCACUAACGUAGUGAUGCUGCUUUGUUGUCUAGCUGUAGUUUUGCAGCAUCUAAUUCUUGCCUGGCUAUUCAUGAUAUGCUCCAAAAGGAAAAAAUAAAAAUAAAAACAGAUGGAGAAACACAAAGUGUGACAGCAAAUGAGGAAAAAUGGCAACUCUAAACUGCAGCAACUGUAAACAGAUCAAAACUUCCAGAGUGGGGAACUGAAUCAGUAACCUUAUUAAUAGGCUGCAUUGCUAAGGACCACACCAGUGUGAUAAUAACUGCUCAGAACUUUGUAAAAGUAUGACUUCAGAACGAAUUUGUUGGUAAGAACAGUUGGUGAAUGAGGCUCUUUGAGUAUUUAGUUGUUUACAGGUAAAUAAAAUGUUAAUCUUUAAACUUGUAAUUGCUUUGUAAUUCAAACAUUUACGUUAAAUGAUCAACUUCUUCUCAGAUUAAUAUCUCCUUAGAGGG